AUGCGAACACAAAGCAGUGAACAUCGGGCCACCCGAGGAUCCGCCGGUCGUAGACGGCGAAAGGACUUCGCUCAAUGGAAGACGAUCAGACAAUGCGCUGCAGCGAACCCCGGCACGUGUCUUACCGUGGAUCGGGGCGUUCAGGUCAAAACAAACGGUAUAUGUACUACAGACCCUGCGGAACCAAAACCUCACGUGGACCAGUUCGCUCUCAUCGAUCAGCUAAAACGAACGGAGGAAGAUGUUUCUCAGAACAAAUGUCCGCCAUCGCCAACGGAAUCCAUCGGGCCAGCAGAAGAUGACCAACUAAACAAGCAGGAAGACGAAGAGAUUCGGGAAUUAGAAGCAUUUGCGCUGAUGUCAAAACAAAAGCGUGAACGGCAGCAAGUGGCACACUCUUCAGAACUACCUGCGGCAACUACCGACGCACGUUGUUCCCCGCUUGACGAAGAAAACGGAUCCCCAAGUAAGGACACUCCAGAAUCGACACUGGCAGCCCCACCUCGGAAGUAUGAACCGCACACUAUGGCAAAGGAGACGGAAAUCAAGGUGCGAAAAGACGUUGAAGAGGGGAAACGAAACUCCGGUUAUUUCAACAAAUUGGUGACCACGGUUCGCUCGACUGUGUGCUCAGACUCAACCACGAUCGAUAAAGCAAAGCCCGAUACCAUAGACGUACUUGGUGGACCCAGCUCGGAGCGGACAUUGGGCACUCCGGAUAAAGCCCUCUCACAGCGUUCGUCUGAAGCCGUGUGCACCUCUCCGCCAGAUUAUGACAUACAGUUGGUCUCCUCUUCUCCGUACGGGAAAAAUUACUACCAUACCCUAACGCAUGUUGGCUGGUCCUCCCACAGGAGGCGAGAAUGUGAACCAAGCCAGAGUCCCUACGUCAAUGCCAUCGACAUACAAGACCUUGUUGGCUACAGAAGUAAUCGUCUUCAAGGUACUGAGCACUACUAUAAUACAAUGCGUCCAGAACCCAACCACACGUUUGUCACUUACACGCUGAAUCACCGGUCAAAUCCGACCCUUUCCAUCCACAAAGCUGCCAACGUGCAUCCGAACGUUGUUCAAAAACCGCUCAUUGUCGCAUCUCAGCAUGAUGCACUGUUAUCGGAAUUGCUCAAUCGCGGCAGCCCCAUGAACGUCGAAGCCCAACGGGCUUCCAUUCAGUCACCAAACUGAACGCGUCCAUAUGCCUUCAUCAAAUAUUUAUUCUGAAAAUCUGUACCUGUACUUACUCUUCGCGAGUGCCAUAUCCUGGCCAGUGUACACUACACAGCCUGAUAUCGAUUAUUUUCCAUUUG